UGUUUGUUUACUUUCUGCACCGACUACUUGUUGGAGUAAAUAUUUUUUGAGCAUUGACUUUGAGUCGAUUUUAUGCCCUGAAAAGGUUCCCCCUACACAAUGGGCCGAGCAGACACCAAGAAGUGUUUCCUGAGAAAGGUACAACAUCUUCCUGAUGUUGGUGCCUGCUCUGGGGAUUUCACUGCAAGAGCCAGCCUAUCUCCAGAAAGGAUUCGUUUGCUCAAGAUCAGAAGUGGCUGCAGAAAGAGUUUGCAGUAUGUUUGUGAUGGACAUUUCACUAAGUUCAUUCACCGCUUUGAAGCACACCAGAAAAACUGCUGUCUUCAUCAGUCAACAUCUGUUCAUGAUGGCCCUCCAGCCAAAAAGAAAAAAAGUGGCACUCCUCAAUUGCAUGUUAUUACACUCCAAAUGCGGGACAGUGCCAAAACUAUUGGACUUGCUUUGGUGCCCGGCAAGAAAGUGUGUGUCAAGUGCAAGAUUGACCUGAACGCUAAAAUCAAAGCUGCUGAAAAAUCUGCCGCAGGAAAGGCUGCUCAAGAAUCUUCAAGCAACGCUCCUGACCCGGCUUCAAUUUCCAACCCUCCUAUAUUUUCGUCACCUAGUGUAGGGUCUACUUUGGCCCCCAGUGAUAUUACAACUCCCACUGUACCUGCUGAUAAAAAGGCUUCUAAAGAAGAGUUUUUUCAGGAGAGUAUUGAUGGAUUAAAUACUUGGCUGUCCUCUCUUGGAUUCUCUCCUGUUAAUGAAAGGAAAUUAAAGACUCAGAAGAGCUAUGGGCGUAAAGUUAUGAAGAAAAUAAGAGCAGCGCUGACAAAAUUUUCUGAUCAACAACUAACUGAGGACGAAGAUGCAGCAUACUUCAGAGAAAUAAUAGGCCAACUACAGCAAUUUAUUGAUUGUCAUCCCCAGCCCGAUAAAAAAUUAUUAGCUUUAUCAGUUGUACCAAAAAGUUGGAGCAUUUCCAGGAUUGAAAGCACAUUUGGGGUAUCCAACUACAUGGCGAGGAAAAGCCGUCUACUAGUGCAAGACAAGGGUAUUCUGUGUGGCCCGGGUCCUAAAGUGGGACGCAAACUUUCACCUGAGACAGUGGAGCUGAUCACCAAAUUCUACUACAGGGACGACAUAAGUCGGCCUCUCCCUGGAGCCAAAGAUGUACUGAGUGUUUUAGUGGACGGGAAGAGAGUGAAGAAAACUAAAAGACUAGUGCUGUCUACUCUCAGUUGCUUGCAUCAAAAGUUUAAAGAAGAACACCCUGAUCACAAAGUCUCUUUAGCUAAAUUUUGUGAACUGAGACCAAAAGAGUGUGUAUUAGCUGGUAGUGCCGGGACUCAUGUGAUUUGUGUGUGCACCUAUCAUCAGAAUCCAGAACUUAUGUUUGAAGCGGGAAAUCUAAGUGAAGCUGGAUUAGAAAAUAUAAAAGCGUGCAAAAAGUUGCUUUUAUGCUCAGAGCCUAGUGAAGACUGUUUUUUUCGAAGAUGUAAUGACUGUUGUGAUUCCACUGUUUUACAGGAAAAAUUGGAAGUUUAUUUUGACUCAGAAAUGAUUUCCACUGUGGUUUACAACCAGUGGGAGUCCACAGACCGGGCAAAUAUUGUAACUUUAAGUAAAUCUACUGAUGAUUUUAUUUCUGAGUUUAUAUCGCAGAUUGAAAGUCUCAUACCCCAUGAUUUUAUUAGCAAAGUGCAAGCAAAUUUCUAUAAGGAAUCAAUUGAAAAUUUAAAAGAUGGUGAAGUUGUUGUUAAUGUUGACUUUGCAGAAAAUUUCUCUUUUGUUGUACAAAAUAGCUCCCAGGGGUGGUACUUUAAUAAUAAACAGGCGACAUUGCACCCUGUUUGAUUUAUUAUAAAGAUGCAGAGAGCAAAGUAUGCC